AUGCGCAAGAUCCUCGUCAAUUGGCUCGAUCUACUCGCAGAUGAACUCCUUCCCGAUCACGGCAACCACGAGGAACCAAAAAGCGGUAUCGAGUGCGGCGAUGACAAUGGCAAACUCGAGGCCGACGGUUCCCUGGACGAUGCCGGAGACACCCCGCACGAGACCGACAAGAUGAGCUGGAGCAGCGACGAGGAACAGCGAAACCAUGUGCCGCAAUCGAUGCCAUCUUGCCAUAAGAGGCAUGCAUUAUAUCAACAAGACAGCUCCAGCAAUGAUGAACAUGCAUCUUCUGAGCACCCGACCUCGCCCUGCAAGAUGGCGACAAGUAACAAGGCUCCGAUGCAUCAAAGCCAUCCACAUACAUCCACCCUGAUGCUCACAUUGAACGGCCAAGCGGCCUGGACUCCCUUCAAAACGAUCCCCAUUUGGUCAGUACAGAUACCGGACGAACCGAACCCGACUCAGUUUCUUCUUCAAGACGACACUCGCUCGAACGACUCCACAUCUGAUGCCAACGUUUCGCAGAUGUUGCCCUCUAGCUACGAGCCCGCAGAGUGCGUUCCGGGCAUGGAUCCCGCACGACAAGGUCCACCGGGCGGUGAUGAUUAUGAUGGGUCAUCGUCUCAUCUUCAGUCUGGAUUGGACAUAUCGCUGCAGUCAAGCACUCCUUCAAGAGGAGAUGCACCAGAUGUGGAUCUCGAGGCCUAUGUGGCUAGGCGUUUGACGGAAAUGUCCUUCAAAAAGCUCUAUAUGGAAUAG